GUAACCUAACCCUAAUGAACUCAUCCGCUAAGCCAUGUCAUUCAAAAUGCAUAUGACAAAUAAAGCAGAUGGAAGGCUGAACAAUUAGUGAUUGGAAGCUGAAAUCACAGAAUUAUGGGUGGAAGAAAUGUUGAUUGAAGACAAUUUAAUAUUGGACAUUUUGUUCCUUAUUAUGAUAACUUCACUACCUGUAAUGUUGGCCAAUGGAAGACUUUAUUUUCGAUUUUCAAGGGUAUGUUAAGUGGUUCAUUUGAUGUUGGAAAACUAGCCGUAUCUGUUGAAGCAAAAAAUUCUUUCUGCUAUGCAAAAGCUCAACUGCUGCUAAUUCUGAUUGAAACUUUGGACUUGGAAAAUCUUCUCCAAUUGGUUCAUGAUGAAGUGCCUUUCAGGCAAGGCUUUUCUGCAUUUUCACUGUUAGAUGUUCAAGAGAUGGAUGCUGAAGUUUCAAGUCUCUCCGACUUAGGAUUCAGGGAAUCAGGGCCUUUAAUUCUUGCAUGGGCAGUUUUUCUUUGCUUGCUUUCGUCUCUCCCAGAAAGCAAUACUGAUUUGUUUACGGAGAUUGAUCAUACUUCCUAUGCCCGACAAGCCUUUGAGGCUGCAGCUUUCAUCUACUUACUUGAAAUACUUCAAAGCAACACCUUGAGGGAAUCAGAUGGGCCUGUUUCUGGUUUCUUAAGUGUCUUGAGAACACUCAUUUCGUCAUUUAUUGCAUCCUAUGAGAUUUCUCAGCAGGCUGAAGAUGAUUCUCUGAACAUGAUUUUAGACAUCUUAUGCAAAAUUUAUGAUGGCGAGGAGUCACUUUCUGUACAGUUUUGGGACAAGGAAAGCUUUGUUGAUUCUCCAAUUCGAUCUGUUCUUUACAUGUUAGAGAAAGAGUAUCCAUUGCGACUAAUUGAGUUUAUUCGCUUUCUAUCUGCUGUUUGUGGCGGAGCUUGGUCCGCACAAUGUGUUUACAAUUACCUAGAGAACAUGAGUGGGAUAACAACGUUGUAUGAGAUACCUGGUCGUGCUGGUGUUGCGAACAACUAUGACCUUAUAGAGAUUCAUUACCAAAUAGGUGUUCCUGGUAUUGAAGGCUAUGUACUUCCAACUGGUACUUGUGGUUAUAUAUUAAAACUUAUUGAUGACAAUGUUGCAUUGGUUCGCUGGAAGUGUCCACAUUCUGGAGUUUUUCUUUUACUCCUCAUUUUGGCACAUGGGCUCCAUUCAUUCAAUUAUGAAGAAGUUUAUUAUAUUGUUAAUUUGCUUUACCGGAUGAUAUCUGGAAACAAGGCAUUGUGCUUUUCUUUGUUGCAUGCUGACAAGUCAUUACGUGUUCGAGCUUCUAAAGAGAGUGGGCAAAUCGAAGAGGAUGUUAGGAUUGAUGUAGUUAAUGUUUUCUGCACUUCAAUAUUCAAGUUAAUCCAAGAUGUCAGCAAUGCCAGUAUAGUGGCCACUUCGUUCAACAUAUUAUCGGAAAUGAUUAAGUGUGCCCCUUCUCGCGUGUUUGAGGUUGCAUUGAAGUCGAAUGUGUUUGAAAUGGAAAUGAAUGGACAAUCAAGUAGUUCAUGGUUUCUAUCAAGGGGGCUUGCAAGGAUGCUUUACGCAGCCUGUGAAGAAAAUCGCGACUGUUGCAUGUUGACAACUUCAGUGCUUGAUUUCAUUAUUCAAGUUGUGGAGAAAGGUGCUGAGGAUAAUGUGGUCUCUGCGCUUGUUGUCUUCUCUCUUCAAUAUGUCCUUGUUAAUCAUAUGCACUGGAAAUUCGAGAAGACUGCUGGCUGGAAAGCAACACUCAAGGUUCUGGAACUGGUGAAAAGCUGUAUUAGAACUACCCCAAUUACAAGUAAACUUGGUGGCCUUGUUCGGGACAUUAUACUGUAUGAUUCAUCUAUACAAAAUGUUCUUUGGCGAAUUUUGUUUACAUCGAUGCAAAUUUUGGAGAAGUUGUAUGCGACUUGCCAUCAUCAGUUGGAGUUAGAAGAUGUACAGCUUGUUGCUUGUUGUGUCCUUGAUGUUUUUUAUGAUAUGCUAGCUGAUCUAUCAGAGGAAACUUAUUUGCACCAACCAGCCUUCGUGAAUAUGCUGCUAUCAUCUACAGCAAAACCAAUGCCUUUUGUUACUGCUGUAGUGAUGUUAAUUUCCUCUUACAAUUUGGCAAUACAAGUUGCGGCGGUAAGAGUAUUUUCCAUGUUGUGCUUUAUAUCUUCAAGAACUGAGACAGAAUCAGUGGAGAAUGCCAACUUUCUUGCUGAUUCUAUGCAGAACAACAGAUUAUGUGUGGCCAUCUGUUGCAUUUUGGAUGAGAAAGAGAGCCAAGAUAAUUGUUUGAUCAUUGAAGUAUUUAAGCUACUAAAUUCUGUUGCUUGUUAUCAGCCUGCUCUCCUUGUUUCUGUCAUGGUGGAAGAAAAUGAAGAGACUUUGUUGAAAGAUAAUGGUGACAUGAAAAGUCAUCUUACUCGAGCUUCUCUUAUCAAGCCUGUAAAAUUGAGAGAUGCUAAUUUGAUAGGCUUAAUUUUGAAGUAUAUUCAAAGGUCCACGGAUUUACUUGAUAGUGAUCCUCACUUGCUUCUGAGUGUUCUUGAUUUCUUUAAGACAUUAUGGGAAGGAGGUAUUCAAUAUAUUGCUAUUUUAGAGAGGUUAGGAAGCUCCGAACUGUUCUGGGAGAACUUGUCAGCCUGUAUAUCUACCUACAGUGAUAAAAGUAAAUUUUCAGUUGUUGAACUGAAUGAUGAAAGCGAACGACUGCCUCUAAGGUACCGUUGUCAUUGUAGAGUAUUGGAGAUAAUGGCACAUGAAAUCUUUUUACAGGAAAGACUUUUACAAGGUGAGAAAUCAAAAACUCUCACUGCUAAUACUUCGAAAGAACAGGUUCAGCCUUCAAAUAAGCUGUACCUCAGAGUGCUGCUAAAAAAGUGGUGUGAUGGUCCUAUUAUGGAGAGCUUGAUCAAAUCUUAUUCCUCCAGUGGAUAUGAAAAUGAGCUUGUUCGUCAAGCAAAGGUGGCUGUUUGUGUAUUAAUAGUGCACCUAAUAAUAAAGUUAUCAACUGGUGAUUCUGGGAGCUUGUCUCUUGCACUCGUUAGGAUGAUACAUACCAUAUACCAGAAGUUGAGUGAACAUCCUGCUUUUGCUGUCCUUUUAGCACGAUACUCAUUGAGAGGUUAUAGUUCCGGGGAGGAUGUCACCAAUUUGGUAAUCAACGAUCUCUAUUACCAUAUACAAGGAGAGCUCGAAGGUCGUGAGACCACUCCAGGUCCCUUUCAAGAGCUUUUCUCUUUUCUACUUGAUUUAGGAGCUUUCCAAUUUAGAGAGCAGAAAGAAGAUCAAAAUAUUCUCGAUGAUUUUUGUAUGUUUGACAUUUCUCGCAUACGGCGUGAGCUUGGCUUUGAACUAUGGGAUUAUUCUGAUUGGAAGGCAUCCAAAGAAGUCGCUGAGAAAAUGUUCCAUCAUAUGCAUAAAGCAAAUCUAAUGAUCUCCCUGGCAAAUUCUAAGCUUUUUGGCUUAAAAGCUUUAAUAAAAGCUUUAUCUGUCUACAAUGGAAAUAUUGGCAGAAGAAAUUUGACUUUAUUGGACAAAGGAAUCUCUGAGCCACUUGUCAUAUCAAGCAUCAAGCUUUUUUGCAACUCUUUACAGGAUACAGUGGAUUCAGUAAUUCCAACUCUCAACGCAGACGUGAUUUUAUUAGAUUUUCUCUCAGCUCAGGAAGAAAUGUUGCUCACCCUCUCGACAAUCUUACUUUGGCACCACCAACAGAGUAAAACCUGGAGAAAUGUGUAUCCUGUAUUUUUGCUUUUUUUAAAGGUUUCAAGCUCUGGCAUCAAAUUCCUAGCUGAUAUAACUACAUUCACUCCUACACUUACUAAAUCAUUGAAGCUUCUCCUCCUGUUACUUCUGACUUCACUUCAGUUCAGUUACACACAGAAAAACGAAACCGAUGAAUCUGACAGAGAACUUAACCUAUUUGCUGAUGUUUCUCUUGUGAGUGUUGGGUUGUUACCUGUGCUUUGCAAGUUUGCAGAGAAAUCAGAAUAUACUGAUCUUUCUGUGGCAUCGAUUGAUAUGAUUUUGAAGGGCUUUCUUAUUCCUAAUAUUUGGUUGCCUGUCCUACAAAAGCACUUGCGGCUGCAGCUCCUCCUCCAAAAAGUUCAAAGUAACGGCACUGAAUCCACGAGUUCAGUGAUACUUAAUUUCUUGCUGACGUUGGCAUGCACAAAGGGAGGCGCAAAGAUGCUUCAUUCAGCCAGCAUUUUUUCUUCUUUGAGGCUCCUUUUGCAGUCAACUUCUGAUGAGCCUUUUCUAUGUAAUGGUACUGUAUCACCCAUUGGCAUCGAAGGAAAGCAUGUGCAUCUCUGGCAGUUCAGCAUAGCUAUUAUUACCUCGGUGAUCUAUUCUCUUGGUGAUGAUGUGUCUUGUGCAGACGUUGUUGACAAUGCCAUCCAUUUUCUUUCAGAGAAGUUCUCCAUAAUUUCCUUUCUUUUAUCUGCGCCAACCUUUCCUAUUAAUGAUCAGAACACUAAAAGAGCACGAAAGGAGAAACAAGCUACAUCCCUUGCAUCUCUUAAUCUAAUUGAACAAGUCCUCAUGCUUAUAUGUGUUCUUGUGAGAUAUCAGGCUUCAUGGAGAAAGGGUAUGGAACAAGUAGAUUCAGAACUAAGAGAGGCUGCAAUCCACCUCGUAGCCUUUAUUAGCAAGGGAGCACAGAAGAUUGGAGAUUUAUUAAAUAGCCCACCAAUUGGAAAAGAGGAGUUUGAGCUUGAUGACCACCCGCCACUCAUUAAAAGCAAGAGUGGAUGGUUUGCUUCCGUUGUCAAUGCAACAAUUCCUAAACCCUCUCCUACACCCUUGUCACUUGUGAUCAAAGAUCAGAAGGCUAAUCAAGAGUCAACUAGUUUGGUUAAUCAGACACUUUUCACGGAGAUGGUUGCUGUACAAAUCUAUCGAAUUGCUUUUCUUGCUCUGGAAUUCCUCUGCAUACAAGCUAAAGCAGCAGUGAAUAGGGUGGAAGAAGUAGGGUUUGUUGAUCUUGCUCAUUUUCCUGAGCUUCCCAUGCCUGAAGUUCUGCAUGGAUUGCAGGAUCAAGCGAUCACUAUUGUCACUGAAGUUUGCGAAGCCAACAAGUCGAAAAGUCUUCAGAAGGAAGUCGAGAGCAUGUGUCUCCUUUUGUUACAGACUCUGGAGAAAUCCUUAUACCUUGAACUUUGUGUAUCACACUCUUGUGGGAUCCGCCCUGUCUUGGGUCGCGUUGAAGACUUUUCCAAGCAAAUUAAAGCAAUGUUUCACGUGGUUGAACAGCACAAAAACCUCAAAGCAUCGUUAAGGUCACUGAAGCAGAUUACAACUCUUCUAUGCCCAGGAUUAUUUCAAGCUAGCAAUCUUAUCUGACUUCUUUCAUAUAAGAUUCUUUACGUGCUACUGCAGAACCUGACAAGAGGGGAAGAACAAAAAGGCCCAAGAUAUGGGAAUAGCUGUACUCGCAUGCAUGCGAAGGCUUCGGAUUCUCGUCAUCCGUGGGUAAUACUACAGACUGUUGUAUAGAGGGUUACUCUUUUUGUUGCUGUUGAGGAAAUUCGUUUCACUAAUAUAGGGACACUAAUGUGAUUUUUAACCAUCCUGGCACAUUUCUGUUUUGCCUUAUGCCGCGUGCUUGUGAGUACUUUGAAAGAAUCAGAACUUGAGCAAAUGGUGAGAUUUUUUGUAGGACGAAUGGAAAGCUUUGUUAUUUUGGAGCCAGUGUUGAUGGUGAAGAUCGGCAUCUCAUACUCAAGACUUGUGAAGACCGAAAAUCGAAGAUUGACCCUCUGGCUUUUUGCUUGAUCAUUGGAUAUCUGUGACUUCUUUUAAGUUUCAUUCUGAAUUAGCAUUUCUUUAGAUGGUUUUUGUUUAAAUGGGCGAACAACUAUUGUAUUGGAUUUGUGGUUAUGGACGGUUUUGUCUACAAGAAGGAAAUUAAGCGAAGUUAGUUCAAUUACAAGAUAUACUUCAUGGGGGGUAUGUAAAAUGCAAAUUUCUUAUGAUUGUGUUCUCUCCAUCUAAAA